AACACAAAGCAAAAAAGUUAUCACAGAAUUGAAAAGGCUGAGAGCUUUUGUAGAAAUAUGUACAUCUCUUUCUCACUCUUAAGCUGUUGUUUACCAGGGGCUCUUCUCUAUACAAGUACUGAAUUACAGAAUAACAAAGAGUAGCCUACAUCUUUUUUUAUUAUAUGAGAGAUUAGAUGUGCUUCUCCUAACUAUCAGUUGUGGUUUUAUAAAUUUACUUAAUUCUUUUUUUUUAUACUAAAUUCUCAACAUGGAAAUGUAUAUAAGAUAACUUCUUGGUGCACAUAAUUCGUCACUGCAAAAUUCACAACAAAUUUAUAUCCAUGGAUGUCGGUGCUAUAUUAUAUAUUCAAAAUAUUAUAUAAUUAAAGAUUCCAAAAUGAAAGAAAUUGAUGUUUUCUGUAUAUUUAAAAUGUGGGGAGCUACCAAAAGCAGGAUCAUAAUUACACAUUAUGAUAGCUCUUAAUUUCAUUUACUUUCUCCACCUUCUUAUAUCAUCUUAUUGUCCUACGAUUGAGAGAGAGAGUGAGAGAAAGAGAAUGGGGAAGAAAGAAGGGUUCUUUCUAAACAGAUUAAGGGCUCAUGUAAGAGUCCAACCACCGACGACUACUAGCCACCAUACCUGCAGCCAAGAACCACCAAAUGCAUCCGCAGAGACAAAAGGAAGAAGCAUAAUGGUUGUGGUUGAUUCUUGCUCAGAGGCUAAGAACGCUUUGCUUUGGACUCUCUCCCAUUGUGCUCAGCCUCAAGACUCCAUCCUUCUUCUCCAUUUUCUUAAAGCUAAACCUUCUCAAUCAGGGGCUCUAGCCACCGGAGGAGAAGAAACUUGUGACAAACAUACAGCUUCGAAAGCUUAUCAAAAAGUUUCAACCUUGAGAAACAUUUGUGAGCUAAAAAGACCUGAGGUGAAGACAGAGAUGGUGGUUGUACAAGGUGAGGAGAAAGGUUCGACCAUAGUUAAGGAGGCAAGAGAACGUGGAGCGUCCUUACUAGUUCUAGGCCAGAAGAAACAGUAUGCCACUUGGCGACUACUAAUGAUAUGGGCCUCACAGACCAGACCCUUGACCAAAACCGACACCGUAGAGUAUUGCAUUAACAACGCUCCUUGUAUGGCUAUUGCCGUCCGUAAGAGAGGCAAGAAAGUUGGUGGAUACACUCUUACAACUAAGCGUCACAAAGAUUUCUGGCUUCUGGCAUGACACUAUUAUUUACUUGUAUUGUUUAUCCACGUAAUAAUUUAUAGACCUUUACUUUCUGUAAGUUGUAACCUUUACGUUUUAAUGAUAGUUGAGAAGUUGUGUGUGCAA